AUGGCGACACCCAACGGUACCGAUGGAAGUACAGCUUCUGAACCGGUCGAUAUCCUUCUUAUUGGCUUGGGAUCCAUAGGUUCAAUCUACGCUUAUCUCCUUGAAAGAUCUGGUAAAGCAAGGGUCACCGCUGUUGCGCGAUCAAACUAUACACUCUACAGGACUACGGGCGUCACUCUUUAUACAGAUCGAUUUGGAGUCAUAGAAGGAUGGAAACCUUAUAAGGUGGUCAAAUCUCAAAAGGAAGCAUUAGAGAAUGGUCAGAAGUACCCAAUUUGUAUAGUCUGCACUAAAUGUUUACCGGAUGUUUUACCCAAUUCCGAAUUAUUGAAAGACGCUAUCGAAAGUGGUCAAAUAGGUUCAUGGAAUUUGAUACAGAAUGGCCUUGGGAUCGAAGAGGAACUGUAUCAAGCUGUGAAACAUCUGAAUACACCUAUUAUGACAAGUCCAUGUUGGAUUGGUAUAGUCACUGAAGGUGAUGUAGUUAGAUGGCGUGGUAAGGAUACACUGGUCACUGGAUUAUAUCCACCUUUACCAACUAAAGGAUCAAGUGAAAAUCGUGUUUUCUCAGAAAGGGAGAAUGAAGCUCUAAACCUUUGGGUAGACCUCUUGACUGCUGGAGAAGGAUAUGUUCAUACAACAGAUCAUAUUGAUUCAGUUCGAUACUUGAAGAACGUCUGGAAUGCAGCUUGGGCGGUUGUAACGGGACUUAUCCGUCAUACACCUUUACAAUUCAGUUAUCUUUCCAAGCCAGAAGAAAAUAUGAUCAAAGCGUAUUUUAAAGAGGUAGUUGAUGUGGGAUUCGAAGCUGGAUUAUUAUAUGAAGGGAUGAUUCAAUAUCCUUCUGGUAAUAUCAUGGGUGAUAGACAAAGUUUGAUAGAUAGUACUUGGACUAUAUUGACUGAAAUGGCAAGAGAAAGGGGUGUAGGACAUAGAUAUUCUUUGUUGAUUGACAUUGAAACAAACAAACCAUUCGAGAUUGAAGUUAUCGUUGGAUCAGUAAUGCGCAUAGCACAAGAACACCAUAUCGAUACGCCAAGAUUAGAAUUCGCUUAUGCAAUGUUAAAGGCUUUACAAUUGGAAAUCAUAAGGUCUAAUGAGAAAGAGAAAGUUGAAAAGGUAGUUGAAGUCGGAGCUUAA